GGCGGGGCCUGGAGACCAGGCGCUCACUUCCGCCCCCGCGUCCCGCCAGCCAAUGGGUCACUGAGCCCGCCCCUUCCGCACUGGAGAAAAACGAGCCCCCAGAGCGUUUUCCGGCGGGAGCUGAGGCUCCUUAUCAUGGGGACAAUUCAUCUCUUUCGAAAACCACAAAGAUCUUUUUUUGGCAAGUUAUUACAGGAAUUUAGACUUGUAGCAGCUGACCGAAGGUCCUGGAAGAUACUGCUCUUUGGUGUAAUAAACUUGAUAUGUACCGGCUUCCUGCUUAUGUGGUGCAGUUCUACUAAUAGUAUAGCUUUAACUGCCUAUACUUAUCUGACCAUUUUUGAUCUUUUUAGUUUAAUAACAUGUUUAAUAAGUUACUGGGUAAUGAUGAGGAAACCUAUCCCUGUCUAUUCAUUUGGGUUUGAAAGAUUGGAAGUCCUAGCUGUAUUCGCCUCCACAGUCUUGGCCCAGCUGGGAGCCCUGUUCAUAUUGAAGGAAAGUGCAGAACGCUUUUUGGAGCAGCCUGAGAUACACACGGGAAGAUUAUUAGUUGGUACUUUUGUCGCUCUUUCUUUCAACCUGUUCACGAUGCUUUCUGUUCGGAAUAAACCUUUCACUUAUGUCUCUGAAGCUGCUAGUACGAGCUGGCUUCAGGAACAUGUUGCAGAUCUUAGUCGAAGCUUGUGUGGAAUUAUUCCAGGACUUAGCAGUAUCUUCCUUCCCCGAAUGAAUCCAUUUGUUCUGAUUGAUCUUGCUGGAGCAUUUGCUCUUUGUAUUACGUACAUGCUCAUUGAAAUUAAUAAUUAUUUCGCUGUAGACACUGCCUCUGCAAUCGCCAUCGCCCUGAUGACAUUUGGCACCAUGUAUCCCAUGAGUGUGUACAGCGGCAAAGUACUGCUCCAGACAACACCACCCCAUGUUAUCGGUCAGUUGGACAAACUCAUCAGAGAGGUAUCUACCUUGGAUGGAGUUUUAGAAGUCCGAAAUGAACAUUUUUGGACUCUAGGUUUUGGCUCAUUGGCCGGAUCAGUGCAUGUAAGGAUUCGACGAGAUGCAAAUGAGCAAAUGGUCCUUGCUCAUGUCACCAACAGGCUUUAUACCCUCGUGUCUACUCUGACGGUUCAGAUCUUCAAGGAUGAUUGGAUUAGGCCUGCCUUAGUGUCUGGGCCCGGCACAGCCCACGUCCUCAACUUUUCAGACCAUCACAUAAUCCCGAUGCCUCUUUUAAAGACUACUGAUGAUCUGAACCCGGUCACCUCGACUCCAACUAAACCUAGCAGUCCACCUCCAGAAUUUUCAUUUAACACCCCUGGAAAGAAUGUGAGCCCAGUUAUUCUUCUAAACACACAAGCAAGGCCUUAUGGUAUUGGUCUGAAUCAUGGACACACACCGUACAGCAGCAUGCUGAAUCAAGGACUUGGGGUUGCGGGACUUGGAGCGACCCAGGGAUUCAGGACUGGUUUUACAAAUAUGCCGGGUAGAUACGGAAGCAACAACAGAAUUGGACAACCAAGACCGUGAUGUACUCUUACCUUAUUUUUACAAGGAAUAUGUAGUAAUCAAACUUUGCAUUGACUGCUCAAUCAUUUACACUAAGUGUUAGAGAAUAGUGGGCUUGUUCACAUUUCAUGAAACCUAUAAAUUCUAUUUUUGUAAAAUGUUUUUGUGGCAGUGAGAUCUUUGCAAAUGUUAUAGACUUUAAAUAAGCUUCUUUUAGAAAGUUUGUUUCUCUAAAUUCUAGUUUUGCUAUCUUUGGUUUGUAACUGCCUGCAGUGUGAUAUGAUCUUACCUUUAUAAAAAAGCCUCCUGAUUUUUUUAGCAAAAUUUAUAAACAUGCUUCGUGAAUAAUAUACAUUUUAGGAAAGGAAAACAGUGUCAUUUUAAAAGUAAAAGUCUCUUUCAUAAUUUUUCCAGACUUAACUGCUACAUUUUUGAGCUCCUCUUAAAUUAUAGCCUUGGUUUUUGUUUUUGUUUUGUUUUGCUAUUAUGUUGUUGAGGUGUUUUGUUUUUUGAGACAGGGUCUCACUAUGCAGUUCGGCUGACCUUGAGCUCACUUUGUAGCCUAGGCUGGUCUUGAACCUGCAGUGAUCCUCCUGCCUCAGCCUCCUGAGUGCUGGGAUUACAACCCAGCCUGGAUUACAAAGUGAGUUCAAGGCCAGCCUGAACCAUGUAGUAAAACCCUCCCUCAAAAAAGAUGAAAAAAAUCCAAAAAACCCUAUUUUUGUUAAAGUUUGCCUCAUUCACAAAUUUCAACACAUUUGGGUGUUUUUGUUUUUGUUUUAAACAGGUUCUCACUAUGUACUUCAGGCCAGCCUUGAAGUAACAGUGUGGCCCAGGGUAGCCUUGAGCUGGUGGGGAUCCUCCUGCUUCAGCCUCCCAAGUACUGGGAUUAUAGGUAUAGACCACAAUGCCUGGCAGCACAUUUGUAAAUAGUUGAUGGUUCUCAGUGUUUUAUUUAGUUAGAUGAAUAUCAAACCUUUGAUGAAAUGCAAUGAAAGAAUCCCAGUUUUAUAUGCUCGUAAUAGUGGAGUCUUUUUAAUCCACAUUUUAAUUAGUUGAUGUUUUAUUUCUCAUUUGAUUACUAAAACAUAUUACCAAAAUAUAUGGCAUUCCAUACAAAAUAUGGGAGUUGAUAUCUUUUCAACUUUGUAUAAUUUAACUAUAUUUUAUAUAAUUUUACCAAAGUAUAAUGGACUAUAAAUUACAGGAUACAGUAUUGUUAUGCCUACUUGGGCAGUUUCUAUUUUUUUUGUUUCCUUUGUCAACAAGAGUGAAUUAUUAAUGUGAUACAGUGUGAAAAUCAUGUAAAAAAGAAUUUUUUUUGUACCAAGAAUCGAACUCACAACCUCAUGCUUUCCAGGCAGGCGCUGUUCCACUGAGCGUGUAAAUUAUUUUGUAGUCAUUUUCCAGAUGCAGAUUUUAAGGACAUUCCAACAUGGUCAGUAUGGUUUCCAAAAAGUGUUAUGAGCAGCGGUCAUACAUUACCUGUGAGGCUUCUUUUUGUUUUGUGUUGUUAUGUUUUAUCAUGCAUUCUAUAGUUAAGAUUUUUUAAAGAGUAUUCUGAAAACGGAUUCAGCUUUCCUAGAAUCCACUGCCUCUGGAGAUCUGUGACUUCUCAGCCAUCAAACAGCUAUCUAGAGAAGAUACUGUUUUUAUAGCAUUGGCAAGAGUUUCUUGGUCAGCUCAUCCUCUUUUAAAAGUAGGACUCUUCCAAAUCCUCCUUCACAGUGGAAUAACAAACAUCAGAAACGCCAUCUGUAUCAAGCAAAGUUGUAAUCAUCUGUGAUAAAAAGUGACCAUAUUCUACUAACAUUUUGCUUAGCAAAGAAUCCAUCGUCUUUGACAGCUGCAGCCCUGCUGAAGAAAUACAGCCCACACUUCCUUUGAUGACUGGAGGAAAUGAAAGUGUAAAUUGUCAUAGGGCAGCCUGUGUCUGUCCUUUGUCUUAUGUUCUUCAAAUAGCCACGAGGUGAUUUUUCCACCAUUGACCUCAUCUAAAUGUGAACUGAGGUCCCACAUGAAAUCUGGAGGACUGUCACAUCCUGAGCGAUAAUUAACAGGUGUGUGCCGCCUUCCCCUAUGUCUUUUCAUGUCUUGCCACCAGAUUUUUAAGUGAUUGGUACUGAACGGAGCUGCAUCGGGUUCUGUGCCUGCCUCCUCAGCUCUCAUUCAGAGGCAACAUCUGUGCAGCUGCGCCAGCAAAGGUACCUAACCCUCCUGGAGAAAGGACACUCAGACUGCCUGGGCUGGGAAGGGACUGGUCCUGCUUGCUGAAAAUCUGUGAUGCCAAAUGUUGCAGAUGGCUUCGGCCCGUGCAUUAUUUCAUAGAAGUCUUGCUGGUCAGGCUCUGACUGACUUCUGGACAUGAAAAUAAUGAUCAUGGCCAGCAUGGGAAUAUCUGCAACAGCCUUAUUGGUAAAUCCCACUAGAGAAUAUUUUGAAGCAAGACCAAGAAAAGGAAAUUUGGCCCAUGGCCUGUGAUUACAAGCAGGCUCCACGGAGUGCGACUAAUCCUAUUUGAAGAAAUCCCUGUAUUGCCAUGGAAAAAUCACUGGACUAGGAGAUAAUCGAUUUGGGUCCCAGUCCUGCUGCUGAAGAUAUAGAAGUGUUUUGUAGUCAUGAACAAGCAAGCCAAUUAGCAGAGCUUUCUCAUCUGUAAAUUAGGGAGGGAACUGAGUUAGUUGAUGUGUAGAAUUUUCUGACUAAAUCUGUAGCCCAAUUACUACACAGGCUUGCCCAGAAUUUCUAACUACUACCUCAGCAUGCUGGCCACGUGUUACCUGCACCAACAGCUAAGCCAUUAAUUUGAGGUGUCAUGAGACCAGAAGAUGCCACAGGCUAACACCAUCCAGGUUCUUGGGUUUUUUCUCAACAUCCCUCAGUUUAAAUCUGCUUAGAUUACAGAGCUGUUUUUAGACUUUUCUGUGACUGGUUAUUUUUGGAGAUGUGGAGAAAAGAUGACAGGGUGUCCUCUGCUUCUGUCAGGAACAAAUGAAUGGGAUGCUUUCUUCCUUGCUUCCUUAUGGAAUUAUAUAAGAUGAAUGCUUCUGCUACGGAGAGUCCGAUUUUCAAACCUCUGAUUUCCCUGCUUAUCAGCUGCCAGUUUGUACUUGACUAAAGAAUGUCAAUCUUUUUUGGCAGUGCUUCUAAUAUGAGAAAAUGCUUUUUUUCAUUCCAAAUCAUUUGAAUUAAACCAUUCCAAUUAAAGAGCAUUAGAUAAUUUUG